AGCCGCUACACGCACGUAUACGACGUUUUGCUUUGCUGUUAGACUGUAGAAUCAUUGCCGGAGAUGGAUUGUGGGGCCGACGCCGGUAAUUGGCCGACGGUGAUGGUGACCAACGACGACGGAAUCGACGCACCAGGUUUGCGAGCUCUAGUUCGAGUCCUCGUCUCCGCUAAUCGAUACGAAGUUUUCGUCUGCGCCCCUGAUUCGGAAAAGUCAGCUGUUAGUCAUAGCAUUACUUGGCGUAAUGCUGUUUCCGUCAAGGAAGUAGAGAUUGAUGGAGCAACAGCCUUUGCAGUUUCUGGAACCCCAGCGGAUUGUACUUCUUUGGGAAUCUCCAAAGCACUCUUCCCUUCAACGCCUGAUCUGGUAAUCAGCGGCAUUAACAUGGGUAGCAAUUGUGGUUAUCACAUUGUUUACUCAGGGACAGUAGCUGGUGCUCGAGAGGCCUUCUUUAAUGGUGUACCUUCCCUCUCUAUAUCCUAUGAUUGGAUUGGCAGUACAAGCUGUAUUCAUGAUUAUGUACUGGCUGCUGAGGCUUGCUUACCCAUCAUAAAUGCUAUGUUGUCUGAGAUCAAGAAUAAAACUUACCCUCAAAAAUGUUUUCUGAAUGUAGAUCUGCCAACAAAUGUUGCAAAGCAUAAGGGAUAUAAGUUGACCAAGCAGGGCACAAGUAUUGUCAAAAUGGGAUGGAGACAAGUUACUUCUGAGGCACAAGGGGGGAAAAUGUUGUCAACAAUGUCAAUGGAAACAACUUCAUCAACAAACAGUGAAACGGAGGACUCAGUUAUGUCACAAGAACAUCGAUUAUUCAAGAGAGAAGUCAAAGAAGCCAUUGUUGACAACAAUGAUACAGACUGCCGUUCCCUCCAAGAAGGAUAUAUAACUGUCACUCCUCUUGGUGCCCUAUCUCAUGCAGAGAUAGAUUGCCAGGCUUACUUCCAAGAAUGGCUGCCAGGUGUUGCUGAACGCUUUUCUACUUCAGCCUUAUGAUGGAGUUCUCCUUGGGAUCUAUGCAUUUAAGCUGGAAAAGGGUUCGACGCGAGCCAUGCUAAAGACACUCCUUGGAUUCCUUGUGUGGAUAGGGCAGCACCAUUCUCACUGAAUUGUGAUGCUUUCAGGUGGUUCUUUCUUUCCAUAAAGAACACUUAUGAGACAUUUAUGAACCUUCUAUUUCACUAGGUUGAAAACUUAAAAUAGUAUUUAUAAGUUUAUUUGUCAAACUAAUAAUAUUCUGAAUAUUUCAAAAAAAUUAUGAUGCUGUUUCAGUCACAGCACCCAAUUAUGAAUGCUUUAAAAACAUUUUCCUGCC